ACCAACUGUGUUAUCAUCAGAUUGAGCCACACUGUUACUGGCGGGUGGAGCAGAAAGCACCGUAAUGCUAAUUUUUAUUCUACAAUAACCUAUUCAACAGACAUAAAUUUAAUCAAGGAAUAUGGCUUCGGCUUUGGGUAGUGAAAAGGAAAUGAGGGAGGAUGAUGGCAGCCCUAGUUCACCCUCUGGGAUGUCCCAGUAUAUGGAUAUGACAAGAACAUCCGAGUUCACACAAGAACCACACCCAACUAGUAUGAACCUUACAACUGACAAUCCUGAUACAUCUGACACACGUGUUCCGGACACCAGUGAUGCUAAGAAGCAGGGCUAUGGAAUACCUGUGGACCGACCUAGUGCUAACAUGCCUGUUGGAGCCCUCUCCCUGGAGUACAACAUGAAUCACAAGCAAAGAGGUCUUGCCGUCAUCUUUGUUCAUAAGACAUAUUGCGAUGGUGGGCCUAGUAGCCGUGCUUGUGCCGACCAUGAUCGUGAUAUUUGCAAGAAGGCUUUCAAGCACCUUGGUUUUACGGUUGAAAUUCAUGAAGAUCUGCGAAAAAAAAAGUUUUUACAAACUUUAGAGGAAGUUUCUCAGAGAGACCACAGUGACUAUGACGGACUGGUAGUGGUGUUUAUGAGCCAUGGAGGAAUCCACCAAAACACUAACACGGAGUUCAUCUGGACGUUUGAUGGAAAGGUUAACACAACAGAAUUAUGGAAGAAUUUUCAUGCUGCAAAUUGUCCUUCACUUGCUGGAAAACCAAAAAUGUUUUUCAUCCAGGCCUGUCGUGGAGAAGAUGCAGACAAGGGUGUCCAACUGAAGGCCCGACCAAGAGGACUGGCUGUAAAAACAGACUCUCCGCAUAUAACCCAACAAGAUAAAGAAUAUGCUAUUCCACUCUAUGCUGACAUGCUCAUGAUGUGGGCUUCUUACACAGGAAUGUAUGCCUUUAAAUCUGCAAAAAAUGGAAUUAAUGGAAGUGUAUAUCUGCACUUUUUGACAAAAGUAUUAACCGAAGAUGCCCAUAAUGAUGACUUGGCUACAAUGCUACUUCGGGUUACACGGGAAGUUGCUGUGCAGUAUGAAUCACGUACCAGUGAUCCAAAAGAUAAGAUUCACAAAAACAAGCAAGUUCCCCAAACAUUAUCAACACUCAUGCGCAAGCUUUAUUUCUUUAAAAAGUAAUUAUAUAAAGAAAAGAACCAGGCAUAUAAAGGUAUAUAGCACUGUGUUGUAGAAUAUUCCAUAAUUCCUAGAUAUUCUGAAUACCAAUAGGAGAUCAGAAACCAAAGACAAUUGAUGAUAUAAGAAUUAAAAUUUACCAAAGGAUUAAAUCAAAGGACAAAUGACUUGAACGAACAGUAGGAAAACAAAAUUGCUGAUCAUGAAAAUCAUGACAAUAUAAGAGGUGCAGGUCUUUGUUUCAUUAAGUGCCCAGAAACUUUGAUGUCAUUGAUAAUUAACAGGAGAAAAAUUCUUCGACAUAUUUGAGUUUUUAUCGAUUACAUAAUUUAAUGUACUGUACCUAAAUUAUUGUGCCUUAGUAACCUGCACAUUGCUCAGGAGUUCACAUCAUGCUUGCAUAAAAAGUCACUUCCCCCAGUCACUAAUAGGUAAGCACACUUAAUUUUUUAAACUUUCAAGUGAUACCAUUGUGGCACAUACCUUCAGCUGUAGUUGAUAGCUAAUGUUUUUAAAAACACAGUUGUGAUAAGAAUUAAAAUUAACAAACCAUUAUCAAUGGCCACUAUAGUGUUAUGAUGAUUUUUAAAAAUUAAAAUUUUAAAUGUAUUUUAGUCACACAAUGUGUAAAAAAUAGAAUGCCGACUGAUUAUUAUCUCAUAUGAAAAUUAUGUAUUUAAGUGCAGCUUACAGUAUAAUAGAAAAUAACUGAGAAACUUGUCAGUCUUUUAGGAUUGUAUCUUUAACUAAUAAUAUUGAUAAUGUAGCAGUUUACAUAUAAUAUGAUGGUGGUGAUGAUGUGGGAGGGGUUGGGAUUAGUCAUUGGAAUCUACAACUAUCACAGCCAAUUCAGCUUGCAUUGGUUGUGUAUUACUACAAAUUUGUCUUCACUAGUUUUGGUAUUUAAUGUUUUUUUAUAAUGAAUAAUGAAAUAUUGUACAAUUAUUUUGUCACUUAUGAUGAGAUUAUAUUCCCUAACUACAUGACAACAGUCAAAAAUUAUUUAUCAUGAUGUGUGUAAAUCGUAAAGAAAUUAACACAUGAACAAUGGGCAAAGUCUAACCACGAAGGAAAAUGAGACAGGAAAUUCCUCGAGUACUUUCAUAUUAAUUGACAUCUUCAGAAGGAUCAUGAUGGGUAAACAAGUUAUUAAUGCACACAAGGCAGAAUAUAUCUUUUGGUUCAAGGAAUCAACCAAAGGACCUUUUCAGAAAGUAUAGUUCAACUUAUAGCCAACCAUCCAAUACAGUACUGUAUAUGGAUUCAUCCACUAACAUGAUUAGCUAUUUGGUUCAGUCUGUAAAUGGGGUAUCCAGCUCAACCUUUGUUCAGUAUAGCUCCAUGAUGAAUGCCUAUUUCCUGCCUAGUUUUGACAUGUUCUUCAUGAGUCGUCACAAGUAAGAGAGCAUUCAAAUGUAUUGUACAAGAGAAUGCUAUAGUACAUUCCCAUUCUUGAUACAAAGGAUUUCUACAGUGUUACUUCAUCUUGUUGAUUAAUCCAUUGAUUAAUAGUUUAAAAGUCAGUGCUACUGUACUCUAUUAGGCUACCAGAGCUAACAUGUGUGCAACCUAUGUUGUUUGUGGUCUGGCAUGAGAGAACGAGCCACUGUUUUCUUGGCAAAGUACGAUUGUUGAUCAUUAUUUAUCUUUUGCACUAAAAAAUGAAGUACAGUAUAUAAGGUAUUUGAGAUUCAAUGAUGUAGUGGUGAACGCUUUCAAGAAAUUUUAUAUUUAUUCUAAAUGCCCUAAGAAUGAAUCCAAUUACUUUGCAUUAUUUUAUCCAGUUAUCAUGGGAAAUAAUGAUGCUCUGAUCACCACUAACCUGAAUAAUUAAAAGAACAGACUUUAUAAAGAUGAAACUACUCUACAAUGUGGAUUAGAAAUAAUAGAUGACUAUUUCCUAGUCACUAAUAAUGAAAAAACAAUCCCUAUGUAUCUGCUAAAUUUGCUAAAGUACUUAAUAGCAAAAUAUUAUCUCCAAUAAUGUCUUGAUCUAUAUUCUUUUUAUCACUGAGCUUUGCUAUACCAAUUAUUUUACAUUAUAAUAAGUUAUUUGUAUAAAAUAAAAAUCAAUAUUUUUGAUGAAAAAUUAACCAAAUUGCUUAAAUGUGACUCCAGUGUUACGUACGUAUGUACGCACUUAAUUCAUUUAUACAUUACUGUACUGUAUAUGUAUUUUCAAGUCUUGAUUCACUGCCAUUGACAAUUAUAAUAAAUUACCUUUCUCUCUCUAUA